CGUUAGCGCAUGCGCAGUAUGAAUUGGACGCAAGCUGGGCUUUGCCAAGGUAACGGGCUCUGUUUACAUCGUCCUGACAGCAGAGAUCGAACCUUGUUGCAGCACAAAGGAAGUCCGAGGAAAAGAGAGUCCGCAGCAUGCCCGUCCGAUUCAAGGCCUCAUCAGAAUAUGACAGGAACUUCAAGGGGAACACAUCUUAUGAUGCAAGUGAAGGCGCCACCCAGAUGUCCAGAUGGGCCGGGGUCCCAUCUGAUGAGCUUGGGAUCACUAAAGAGCCAAGCUUUUCUUCAAAACGAAAAGUUCCAUAUUACCACCCACAGAUUUCAAAAUCAUUUCAAUGGAAGGAAAAUGAUGACUAUGCAGCAGACAGUAUGAAGAUAGAUCGAGGUAUUGGAGAGGACUUCGUCGAUAAAGAGAAAAUCCUUACACCGGAUGCACCAAGGUCAAAGACGAGAGCUAGGUCCAAGUCAGCAGUGCCUAGAAUAGAGACUGAUAAUGGGCACUCAGCAGCUCCCAGAAUGCAGGCAGCUGAAGGCCACUCAAAGGUGGUGGUAACACAGCUUGCCAAGGGUAGUUCACCUGCAGUAGAAAUAAAAAAUAAUCAAGAUGACUCUAAAAAUGCGCCAGUGCCGAAGAUAUCAAUUCAUCGCAAGGAAGCAAAUGGGGUUCACAGAGUUCUGCAGAAGAAAGCUGGCAUGAAUGUUGCCCCAUCACAUCACCCUCUGAGGACAUCUGAAUAUCAAAGGCAGUUCGAAAGAAAAGCCUGCACAGACAAUUCUCCUUUGCUUGCAGCAGAGCAGGUAAUACACAACAAGAAUCAAUCAGUGCCACCAUUUAAAUUAAAUCUCAACACACAGACAGAAUAUAAUAGUCAGUUUAAAGGAUCUCCACCUGCUAAAGGUCCAAAGUUAAGAAAAGACUGGGAAGACAAACAUCACACAGAAUAUGACAAAGAUCAUCAUUCUCCUAAAAGAAAGGAUAAAAAGAAGACGGUUGGUGAGGUGAAAUCUGGUUCUGCCAAAGUGAACACAUCGGACAUAGAACAGAAAGAAACUGACCAACAAAAUGUUCUAAAAGAAAAAAAUCUGAAGGAAAAAAUUCUUAAACAACUUUACACUCCCACAAAAUAUUACAGGAAAGCAAAAACAGAAUAUUCUGCAAAUUUUUUAUCUCCUUCAGAAUAUAAUUACAAAGAUGGAGCUUGGAUAAAAGCAAAACGUCAAGUAAAUGAUCAAGACUCUCCUCUCAGUGUAGGCUCCAUGUGGGUCGCUGAGGUAAAGGAACUGCGAGAAAAGGCUGAAUAUUAUAGACGCCGAGCUCAAGGAACUCAUUUCUCCCGGGACCACCUUAAUCAGAUAAUGUCUACCAACAAUAAAUUUUGGGAUGUGUCUUCUACUGUGAGCAGCGAGGAGGAUAUGAGCAACAAUAUUAAAGCUUUAGAUUUGGCUGGUCUACAUACUUCUUCAAGGAAUGAAAACAGACACCAGUCACCAACCAAAGCUAAAGCUGCCUCCAAUACUGGAAAUCUUGGGGUUUCGGAUGUUUCCACCCACCCAGUUAGAAGAAAACUAGUUUGGGAUGAAUGUGAGAACGCAGAAGAGGUAACACCACUGAGAUCAGAGGGUGCCCCCGAAGAAGCUGCUGAUGCAGAAGAUGGAGACCAGCCCCAGGAAAACGCUAAAGAAUGGCAUGCAGAUAUUACAGAAACAAGAAUCAAUUGCGCAAAAUCCAGUUUCCCAGAUGACGAAUCUGAGCGUACCUCUGUAACUUUAGAGGUUGAAGGAAGACUUCCAACUCCAAAACUGAAAACCUUUGGACUGGCCCAGAGGACCCACCAUGAUCUAACAACUCCAGCCGCUGGAGGCGCUCUGUUAGUUUCACCUUCAAAAAAUCAUCAGCAAACACCAGAGGACAAGAAUAAAGGAUCUUCUAAAAAACACGGCUCCCCAAAGAAGACUGCCUCCCAAGGUGUAAAUGAAACUUAUUCAAAAAGGGAUUAUCAGCAAUCUGCACAGUCUCCACCAAUUGCUGGUCUGAGGACGGUAGAUCCAUUGCCAAUUCGAGAGGAUCCCUGGCCAAGUUCACGUAUUUCCAAUAAGCCCCUCCCAGCAACAAUUGCGUAUCCUGUAAGCAGACCUGUAGAGGAUCCUUAUUUACCACUACCUCGGCAGUGGAGUCCAUCGUGCCGGAUACAGGGAGCACUGCGAAAUCCAGAGUUCCAGCAUAAUGGGAACUUUAACAGUUUCGGCUUCUACAGUUCAGCUAUAAAUGAUGACGAUAGCAUUGAAGAUGAUCGACUCUCCCAGAUCUCUGCUAGGUCAGCAGCUUCUAGCUCUUUGGCCUCACAAGUUCUAGAGCGUGCCCAGAAAAGAAAAGAGAAUUUCUGGGGCAACAAAUGAUCAGUUGAUCCAUCAACUUCUAUUUAUAAAAUAUUUUUUUACAGAAUUUGAUAAGCAAGAAGGAAUAAUGUUUAGUAAUGUUGUAAAUGAUUUUUGUAUUUUUCUUCUGAAAUCCUGGAUUGAUUUGUACAUUUUUGUAUUAAUGAAUACAUUAUCUGUGUAUUAUGAUUAUAGUUUUUUAGUAUUUUAAAUCCCACAUGUUUCCGAUUACCACUGAAAACAAGAAUAUGGAUAAACCAAACAUUUUUAUGAAUGGGUUUAAUUGUGAACAUGCUUAUUCAGUUUAAAGCUGAACUCUAGAUAGAUACAAUAGACAUAAAUUAAUGCUGCUCUGUAAUCAUGAAUAUAUCAUUAUAGGAAGAGGGUCAAAAUGAUGCUGGCCAUUAGACUGGGGUGGUGAAAAAGAAAUACUGUGGAAGGAAGAGAGCUCUGUGAAUA